AUGAAUAUUGAAACAACAAAGACAGCAACAACACAACUGUUGAAUGAAUAUUACCAAAUCAGCACUCAAGCCAUACCAACACAGAGAGUCAAGUCUGAAUGGCAGGAUGACAACAAACGAGGUUUGUUUUUGGGAAUCAUCCAAGAGGGAGAAACCUCACACACCACUCAGUUGCACGACCUGCUGACUGCCAACCAAUUUGCAGAGCAGCAAGAGUUCUCAACCAAGGUCCAGUUGGCAGACCCAAAACAUCAUUGUACAUUCAUUGAUGACAUGUUUGGGUAUUACAUACUGCCAUUCCACAAAAAUUACAACAGCUCAUCCAGCUGCCACACUCCAGUUUCAUCAAGGGCUCCGUCAAGAAACAACUCUGCUGGAAAUAUAAGCAAUGCCCCAAAAGAGGAGCUGUCUCACAGGGACUUGAAGAAUGCUGUCGAGAAAAGAGACGUUGCCUGCUUGAGCACACAUCAUUGCUCAAAAAACAUUGGAGUAGCGUACAACGAACCAUCCAUAUUGCUACGAUCUGGUUUGACACAGAAACAUCAAAUACAGAAUGGUUUGUUGUGUAUCAAAUGUCAUGACCAAUUUGACAAACUGAAGCAAUACGUGGAUGUAAUGGAUGACAAACUGGUGAUCAAACACAUGAAUUGGAGACGGGCUGUAAAGACACUAAAGGGAAGCCGACGGGAUAAUCAGGAAUUUAUGGAUGAUAACCGACAAGCAGUCGAAUCCAAUGGUGAAAUGGCAUUAUACUUUGUUCUUGGCGAUCCAACUCUGCAGCCAAACAGGAACGCACUAGAGUUCCACAAGACAGCAUGUCUCAUUUGGCGUAUGGCUGGUGGUGCGGAGUUUGAUGAUGAAUGUUGUCCAUAUGAUGACGAUGGCUGUACUCCUGUAGAUUACCGGAGUAAGAAUAUCGAGAAAUGGAUGGACUCAAGUGCUACUUUGAUUAUUGAAAAUGUUCAAUAA